UCAGAUCCCCCAACUGCCUACUUAUCUUCAUUCUGUCAUGUGUCUAGCCUGUCCCCUGUGACUCCUCACCUACCUCUUCUCCGAUGCCAAAGUCGCCUGAAAAUCUCCAUGGCCGAUGAAAUUUCAGUCUUCCGAAAGGCUUUGAUAGAGCCUUCGGUCAAACGACCACCGAAAUAUCAUCGAACUGAACAUGAAUCGUCGCAGGCAAUCACCAGAGCCUGGUGCUCCACUUCCACUUCCAUUUCCACCUUCUAAUUGGUCAACCAGAAGAAAAGAAAGGUCACACACAAUCCGUAGAUUCACUGGCUGGUGGAAUGCACAAUUAUUUCUCUUCGAGAAAAGAGUUGAUCCAGAGGACAUUCUAUGCAGCAGGCUCGCCAUCCCUUGGACAAUUGCAGGACAGCACUUCCUUUCCCAUAGACGGCCCCAUAAAACAACGAUUCUAAUUUCUAACAGUCAAAACAAAGAUUGGCAGAUGACAAUGGCAAUCAAUCCACAGAACAGAAUAGUAACUACUUGAUUCAACAGGGGUGGCAGGAGUUUGCAGCUGCCCACAAUUUGGAAGCCCUGGAUGUGGUUCACUUCUACGGAGCUAAGUAUCCUUGGGAGGUUUACCACUAUGUUGUCAAAUGUGUAAAAGCAAAGAAGACUAAGAGUGACGUGAAUCAAUCGGGUAAGCAAAAACACGAUGACAAUGAGGAUGAUGACAGCAAGAAACAUGGUGGUCAUGGUGGAAAUCAAGGACAAGCACCAGUGCAAGCCUGAGAUAUGUGUGAGUGUAGUGCGAGGGGUGAUCAAAGAAUAGGCCUGAGAUUAAUCAACAGCUCUUUUGUAAAUUCAUGAUAUAUAGGAAGAAAUAAAAAUAUGUUUAGUCGAAUGUAAGAUUUUCUUACAUAAAUUUAUCUGUAAGCAGAGAUAUGUUCAUGAUGGCACAGAUCCAUAGGAUGAUAUAAUAGAUUAUAAUU